UUCUCUGUCCCAUUCCCCUGUACAUCGGCCUAACGUUCUUUCGUUUGAGCGUGGACCGCACAGCUAGUUGGGAGCGUGCGAAAUAAACGCUACAUAAAUGUCCAACAUUUUAUUUCCAGUGUUUUCAGCCAAGGCUUCUCUUGAGCAGUUUCACGAUAAAAUUAGAGAUCUAAGUGACCUGAAAGAACAACCUACAGUGAGCACAUUCAUCAAGUCUCAACUUGGAAAUCAUGAGGUGAAACGAUGUGUGAUUGGGCCAAACCAUGUUGCAUUCCUGUUAGAUGACCAUAGAGUAUGUAGGCUGCAGUUUGCAGUCAAUUCAGAGAAAUUCGACCAGACAUCUAAAGACCCUGGUGAUGAAGAUACAUCAAGUGGUCCUGGUAGGGGUGUCGCAACUGCACUGGUGCACUCUGGUGCUAGAUCAUCAAGAGCAGAAUUGCCAUUCACAAUAUCAGGAGAGGCAUUCAACACUCUGUCUGGUCAACUAGGGAGAUGGGGUUCUCCUGGUACCCUCAGUACUGCAUCUACAACAAACCGCACCUCAUCAACCAUUGCUGGGUCUACUGCAUCACCCUCUGGGGGUAUAAGGGUAAGAGGCAGAAUCGUGAGAGCAGCAAUGAGAGGCAGAUCAGGAAACAGUUGGAUUGGAAGCAGGCCUGUGAUACCUGCGUCUGCUGUCCCAGAAGAACUUGUUGCCCAGGCUCAAGUAGUACUUCAAGGAAAAUCACGCAGCACAAUAAUAAGAGAGCUUCAAAGAACGAACCUGGAUGUGAACUUGGCAGUGAACAAUUUGUUAAGUCGAGAUGAUGAUGACCCGGACGAACAGGACGAAGGGGAAUCAUACAUUCCUGGGGAUGAACUGAUUUCAAUUCUGCAUGGUGACGAAAACUCAUUUGUUGUCGACCCCGACUCCAUGUUUCCAGAGGACAUCAUUUAUGGGUCAUCACUGAACAGGCCAGUUUCAAGAACUGGCAGAAGAUCUGCAAGCAACGAAGGAAAUAAUCGCGAUGGUGAGAGAGAACGAGAUAUCAGUGGAACCGUCCGGCAAUGCGAGAAAUAUUACAUGGAUUUGUUGAGCAUCGAGUCAAAUGGAGGCAAGACAGGGAAAAAUAAAACUAGCCUAAAGACCAAAGUGACCAAUGCGAGUGAGGCCGUCCAUGUCGUCAACGAUUUAGAGUUUUGGACUUCAACAGAAGACGAGGAUGGCUCUCCACUGAAGUUCAGUCAGAUCGCCGCCUUACAUUCAGAGCUUAUUGCCGUCAGCAUGGAUGGGAGGCUGCAUCAGUGGAAAUGGAGCGAGGCAGCUCCAAGGCUGGUUACUGCCGACCAACAUUCUCACAGCCGGGCAGUCGAUAUGAAGCUGAUUGACGAGAGAGUUGUGUCUCUUGAUGCCCGCAACAUCAGAGCAAGUGUAUUGACGGAGUCUGGAAAAAUCGCCACGUGGUUGGAUGAGUCACUAAGCGCAGUGGCAUUUAAGCUCGAGCAUCCUGCGCAGCAGUUUCCAGAGUUCAAAGGCCAGGCUGUUGUUGGUUUGCAUGUUUGUGACUUGUAUACAUGUGUACAAUUGGCGAACGGGUCCUUGUUUUGGUGGGGAGUUUUCCCGUUUGAGCAACGACGGAAGCUGAUGGAUAAAGUGAAGCAGAAAGCCAAGAAAAGUGCCAUUAAUGGCAGCUCGUUGAUUCAAGCUGGAACGCAGGUUUGUCUUCGAAGCUGCCCGCUGUACUAUCCUGGUGCCAUUGGCUUCACUACCGUAAACGGGGAGCCAAAAGUUGGAGAACUUCUAGAACAAGCUUGGACCAUCACAGAAAAAUGUAGUUUCGAAAUUUUGAAGAAUAAAAAAAUAAACAGAGCGGAGAAGCCAGUGGAAAACGAAGCAGCAAAUAACACUUCUGAUGUGAAUGAGCCGUUAAAGAAGAGAAAACGUUAUGAUGAUUAUGAUGACAUUUUUGAGGAGUCAAAAGAAGAGCAGUGGAAUCUUAAAGAUGUCAUCUUUGUUGAGGACGUGCGUAACGUCACAGUUGGAAAAGUAUUGAAAGUCGAUGGUGCCUACGCCUUGGUCAAUUUUUCAGAUCAUGAUUCACAAUCUUCGGACACAUCAGAUAUUUCAGCUCUAUUGAAGAGUUGCCGACUGGUCCGUAAAGAUGAACUUCAAAUUGUUCGAUGGACAACGCCACCGAAAAUGUCGGAAUGUUUUCAAAAGACGCCGAAACAGUUGUCAGUUCCAGGAAAUUGCAAAGUUUUGUCAAUGGCGCUGGAUACGAAUGGUGUACAUACCCUGACGAAAUCUUCUUCAAAUCUGAGAUACGCAAUGUUCAGCUUAGCAACGGGUAGAAUUGAACCCGGGGGCAACAUCCCUGCUGAAGCGGCGGCUGUACUUACAUCAUCACCAAGCCCCCCUGUUUUAUAUAGUGCCGGAAUGGAUUCCUUGAUUCUGUUGCGCGAUGGAAAUGGCUGUGUUUUUCCACUCAUCAAAGAUUAUAUUGGCGGAAUAAAAGAUCCGAACUGGGUGAAUCUGCCACCAAUCUCGUGUAUCGCAAUGGGUUCUCAUGCAGUUAAAGCUGGCUCCACCAUCUCCCAUGCCGUUCUUGCUUUGAUCAUCAUCAAGAGUCAGGCAUUAAUGAAAAGCAUAUCAAAAUGUGACAUUGAAGGCAUCAGAGAGAGUCUGCAGGCUAUGGAAAAAGAACCAGGAAUGGUGGACGAGAUGGUCAACGAAAAGUGUGAUGGCAACAGAAACAUCAUACACAAGGCAGUCUCUAUGUGUUUACCGAAAUCAGCUGCAACCAAGCCAAGUGGAAGCUCGAAAGCCAGUGACAAGGACAGCCUAGCUCAAGCAAAUUUGGUGAAAUCGUUGGAUCUAACGCAAAGGGCUUCGUCACGGGACAUGGAUGACAUCUUCCCCCUGGAACUGCCUAUCCCCACGACUUCUUGGCCUCCUGAAAGAGCAACACAAGAAGGUCAAUCGAGUGAGGACGAUCACGCAAAAUGGAUCCCUGUGGGUGACAAAUCGUACAGCAUUCCUUGCUUGAACACACUGGUGACCCAUGCCGUAAUGAAAAAUCACCUCGUGACAUUAUUGAAAGAAAAGGAUGCAACAGGGUGCACUCCGUUCAUGUCAGCUGUUCGCGGGAGAGCCUACCCAGCCGCUUUGAUUCUGUUCCAAGCUGCACAGAAGCAAUCAAUGAAAGACGACAAGCUGGACAAUGAUUUGUUCAUGUCCAUGAUUUUUCCCUCCAACGAUGCAAACCUUUCUCCAUUUCACAUGCUCUGUUGCAACGACACCUGCUCAUUCACGUGGACUGGAACGACACAUAUCAAUCAAGAUAUCUUCGAAUGUCGGACGUGUGGACUUGUCGGAUCGCUUUGUUGUUGUACCGAGUGCGCUAGAGUCUGUCAUGUCGGACACGACUGCAAGCUGAAGCGCACCUCGCCCACUGCGUAUUGUGAUUGCUGGGAGAAAUGUGCAUGCAAGGCAUUAAUCCCCGGUGAUCAAAAGGCGCGACUAGAGCUGCUAAAGAGGCUCAUUAAGGAGACAGAUCUGGCAACGAGGCCAAACAAAGAUGGCGAACAUAUACUGCUCUUCCUUACCAAGACUGUAGCCCGCCAAAUCUCUGAGCAAGGCCAAUACACUUCGAACAAGUCAUCAGAACCCAAAUCAAGAGCGGCUGCUGCAACUGCCAGAGGUCAAGAGCUUCUGCAGCCAACCCUGCCGGCACAUGACUUAGAGCCGCCCAAAUUUGCCAAACAGGCGCUGGAAAUCGUGCUCAAGGACUGGAAGGCGUUGCGAUCGAUGUUGAUGUCGGGCAGUAGCAAUGAGAGCUCGACUGCAAGGUCAGCAGCGGUUGAUGAUAACUUUGUAAAUAUGAUUGGAUCGACCAUCCUCUCUCCAGGAGAGCAAUCUCAGUAUUUGAAAAGUCAAGAGGGGACUGCUCGUCUUGACAACUUCGUUCACUGCUUGCUACUCAAAUGCAACGCUGAGUAUCUGAGAGCACUCCUAGGAACAUUAGAGAACGUUAUGGUCGAGGCGAAGCUCAAUGAUGAUCCUGACCCGGUUGUAGUGGCUCGACGAUUUGUCCGGUCUGUAUGCAGAGUGUUUGUUGUUUCAGCCUCUUCUACAGGACCAGUCACAACCAAGAAAAAAACGACGCCAGGUAUGCUGCUGCCUCUCCUAAAAUGCCGUCGAAUUUUCGCUGCCUUAAACGUUGUAGCUGCAAAGGAAUUAGCUUGCAUCGCGGAUGCUAUUUUUGCACCAGUCAGACUUGGAGUUGUUUAUCCUUCAGCCCCGUUUACGCUGUCGCCAAUGCCAACGGAAGGUCACCAAGCGUGCGAAGACCUCUUUUCUGUGCUGCCGCUCCCUUCGAGGUCUGCAAAUGACAACACACGUGGUCACCACGUGAGAUUUGAACCCGGACGUCACAGCGGCCGAGUGCAAAGACAUAAUCGAGGAGAAGAUAGCGAGUUAGAUAUACACAAUCAAGAAGAUCAAAGCAGCCAGGUUUCGCAACUAGAACAGCAAGACCAUCAGAUUAAUACGGACGGCGAAGAAAGCCACAAUGCCGAAUCUGACAUGGAACUCGACUUACUUGCCGAAAGCGAGAGCGACAGUGACGAAAGCAAUGCGGAGGAUGUGGAGGACAGCCAGCGCAGUGGUACAGCGAAUGUUACAAACAGACAAGGCCAUUCUCGGUCUGAUCUGGGCGAAGGCCGGAGAGGACAUGAUAACGAGACUGUUGAUUACUACUCGGGGGAGGAUUCGACAGCCGACGUUGAUGACGAUGAAGAUGGAGAAAUUGAGGAGGAAGAUGAUGACGUCAAUGAAUCACUCAUUGAGCCAAUCGUCCAUGGACUUAUAUCUGGUGAGUCAAGCAGAACGCCGCAUGCGUUGCAGUGGGCCGUGCGCAAUGCGCAGCCAUAUGAAGGUGCUGCAGAGGGUGGUGCCCAUGUUUAUGUUGGUACAAAUAACAUAAGGAGGAACGCAUCUGGUGCCAGUGCAAACGCUGACAUAAACAACGGUGGAAAUACUGUUUUUUGUAUGCCAAGUGCAUUGGCCAGAACGUUUGGGCUCAUAAUGAAAGAGCUUUCGGAUGUGCUCUCGUUAACAACAUACCAUUAUCUAAGUCCUUGUUGCAUUCCGAUCAAGAAAGAGAGCAUGCGCAAAGCCAGAGCAAGUGUCGAUGGAAUACUCUAUAGCACGUGGCAAUGGCUGUGGAAAGUCAUGGAAACAACGGAGGCGCAGUUAAGGUUCGGUGCAUCUCUUACUGCAGUUUCGGAUCCCUCACAUCCACACCACCCCUUGCAUGAUGUACAAAUGAAGAAGGGGGGACACAACCGAAGGGAGACUUCCUCACUGCUGUCAGUCGCGCGCAACUGGAAUCCUGAUGUCAAAAGAAAGCGUCUUUCUUUGCCACCAUGCAGGCGAGCAGGCAAUGGCGUUGAAGCUUCGGAAAGCAGUCUUCGUCAAGAUUUCCUAACCUACCUGCUGUCACUGACAAGAGGAAGCGAGGACGAACACGGAGACUCGUUACCAAAAUUAGAAAUGACGUCAUUGCGACACGUGGCCUACAUUCUCGAUGCAUUUGUUUACUAUUUGAGAUCGAAAAUCAAGGCGGAAAUAAAAGUUCCUAAAGAGAGAACAAUGAGAGUCGCUAAUAUCUUCACUGGGGAACCAGAUUUGCGAAGAGUACCUUUGAGUGGACGAAUUCGAAACAACAGCGACGAAGACUCUGUAUCUUGGUCGUCGGAAGAAGGUCAAGACGACAGCGAAAACACCUUUCAACUUGAUGGGUUCUUCAAACGAAGCGAUUCAACUCUUGUAUUAGGAUAUGAGCCUUCAGAUCCAUUUACAACUCCACUAAGAGACGCUCUACCGCUGGCCAGCAAGCCACAUCUGCUGAACCCAACUGUACGAAGAGAUCAGCUGUUUGGUUCAGUUAAAAGCUCGGUGGACGACGUGCAGAUUGACCUUCCGCAGCGCAUUGGAUACGGCAACCGGGACAGAGUCAAUGUCCCACAGACGUCGGAAAUUUCGGCCAACUUCAUUCUCAGUCGCUGGCGGAUGUGUAUCGAGCUUUUUGGUCGACUUUUCCUUGAUGACGUUGGCGCUGAGCCUCAUUCUGUUCUCAACGAGAUCGGCCGUUUCGACGUGAAGGAGGCCAAAUUCAGACGGGAUAUGGAAAAAUUAAGAAACAACCAUCAGAAGGACCUCUGCAUCGAAGAGGUUGAACGUGACAAUUACUCGAUGAUUCGACAAACCUUUCGCAAACUGGAUGCGUUUUUCAACCGGCGAGGCCCUAUUCCUGCCAGCGUUCAUAGAUUGAGGGUAUCCUUUAAAGAUGAACCCGGCGAGGGAAGUGGCGUUGUCCGCAGUUUUUACACGGCCAUCGGCGAAGCGCUUCUGUCCGAAGAACCAUUACCGCCGCUUGAAACGAUGUGUGUCUCUGCUGGAGCCUCGAAAGAUGAAAAUCAUGCUGGACUCGUGUUGUUAGCAGGACUUACCCAGCGCUUGAAAUCUCGAGUUAGAGAGAGGGAGCGCAGAAGAAGCGCGGGAACACCCGGAUCAAGUGGAAUGAUGCUCACUGCACGAAUGAGACGCGAAAGGGAGCAUGCAAGGCUUGUGAUGGAAAGAGAAGGGCGCCAAAAAUUAAACCCAGACGCGAAGCCAUACGUGUUUGAUCCCGAUUUGACUGAUGCGGUGGACAGCGACGAUGCAGAAGAUGACGAUCCAGUUCAAAAUGCCUAUUUGGGAGCGCGGCUUUAUCCAAAAGUUCUCAUGCAACAACCGGCCCUUGCGAGUCAGAUCACUGGCAUGCUGCUUGAACUAUCAGCGACACAAAUUGUUUUAUUGCUAACCCAAGAAGAAAUCCUCAGGUCCAGAAUUGCAGAGGCUGUCGAAUUAUUAAAUGCUAAGGAGAAGAGCGACCAACCUGCGGCCAAUAAUACCAAAGAUUCGCUGAGCGAUAAAAGCAAAAUGGAAGUUGAGGCUGAUGAUGAUGAUGACGAAAUCGUAUUUUUAGAUAACUCGCCGCUGUUCUUCCAACCAGGAAAAACAGGUUUCUAUUCGCCUCGUUGUGGAAGGAUUUCCGAAGAGAGGCUGAGCUGCUACAGGAAUGUAGGAAGGUUGAUCGGACUGUGUUUACUGCAAAACGAACUCUGUCCAAUGUCAUUUAAUAGACACGUGAUCAAAUUCAUUCUCGGUAAAGAGAUAAGUUGGCACGAUCUUGCUUUUUUCGACCCGACCUUGUACGAAGUGCUUCGUCAACUGGUUCAGGAUUCGACAAAACCCGACGCCAAAGAGUUGUUCUCUGGGCUCGACCUCACUUUCUGCAUACAGCUGUCUCAAGAAGAAGGGGGAGGAUCGAAAGAAUUGAUCAAGAACGGAAAGCAAGUACCUGUCACUCCUGGUAAUAUACGAAACUACGUGAAAAGAUAUGCAGAAUACAGAAUGGUAAUAUCAGUCGAAAAACCUUUGGAGAGCCUUCGAGAGGGUGUCAAGGAUGUCUUACCCACCCAUACUCUAGAAGGGUUGACUGCGGAGGACUUUCGUCUAUUGCUGAACGGCUCUGGGAACAUUAACGUGCAGCAACUCAUGAGUUAUACGACAUUCAACGACGAAACCGGAGGUGAUGGGCAGGACAAGCUUUCAAAGUUCAAAAGAUGGUUUUGGUCUAUCGUGGAAAGUAUGACUCCCAAACAGAAACAAGAAAUGCUGUACUUUUGGACAUCAAGCCCAGCGAUGCCAGCAAGUUCAGAAGGGUUCCAGCCGAUGCCAUCAGUGACUGUUAAGCCGGCCAAUGAUCAUCAACUUCCCACCGCAAACACUUGUAUUUCGCGAAUGUAUAUUCCUCUUUACUCGUCGAAAAACAUCCUUAAAAGCAAACUUUUAUUGGCUAUCAAAACUAGGACAUUUGGUUUUGUUUAAGUAAUUAGCAAUCAAGAUCAUUCAGAAGUUUAUUGUAAUAUUUUUUCACUCUUUAAGAGGAAACAAUUCGCCAUAGAUAUAUCACAGUAAAAUGCUCGUUGUGUUUGUAUAAGGUUUUGUGUUGAUUUAUAAUUAUGCUCCUAUUAAAAAUGGCCUAUGCAGCCCUAGGCAGCCCAACCUUACUGAUACUUUGCCAGAAACUACACUUAACCUCUUUAUUUAGUUUUCCCCUUAGGCCGAAGCACCCUAUUCAAAUUGCUCUUUGCCAUUCGUAGACAUCAAUUUUGCAAGGAACGAGCCUUAGUAAUUUGUUUGCUAGACUCCUUAAAGUUUCGUCAAUUCUCAAUUUUGCCAAAGUUUGACACUCACUAUUUAUCACAGGAUAAAUGCCGUAAAAUUUAGUUUAAUGUCUUUAAAGAUUAUUAUGUUCAUUAUAUUUUUUAUUUUUAAACAUCCACAAGGUUGCAAUAUUUUUCCUUGGGUAUAAUUAAGAUUUGUUGUCCGAA